AUGAAGCUCGUCAAGCAGAACAUCGAGAGCAAGGACCAAACGGGUUCGGUCACAUUGAUACCCGAAGAACCAGAGGAUAUGUGGCAUAUCUAUAAUUUGAUUCAAAACAAAGACAUCGUCCGAGCAUCCACCGUCCGGCGAGUCGUCAAGGAGACCUCGGACGGCAGCAACCAAUCCAGCCGCGUGCUCACCAAACUCACGAUAAGGGUGACGUCCACCGACUUUGACUCGGGGUCGUCCCACCUCCGCGUAUCGGGCCAGAUCGCGGAAGCCAAUGACUUCGCGGGGCUAGGCAGUUUCCAUACGCUAGACCUCGAGCUCAGCCGCCAGUUUGCGCUUGAAAAGCCUUCGUGGGAUGCGAUUGCGAUCGAAACGCUCCGCACCGCCCUUGAUGCCACUUCCCGAGCGUCACUAUGGGCAGUCCUAAUGCGAGAAGGCUACGCGAACAUCUGUCUCGUGACGGAAUUCCAGACCGUCAUUCGGCAACGGGUGGAAGUACCAUUGCCAAAGAAAAGGGGCGGUGGGCGAGAUGGCGGCUACGAUUCCGCCAUGCUGAGAUUCCAUCGCACCCUUCUACAAACACUGCUACGGCAUCUAGACCUAACGACUGAACCACGACCUCCUCUACUCAUCGCUUCCCCGGGAUUCGCGGCGCAGAACUUCCUGGCCUAUAUCAAGACCGCCGCCGCAUCCGCCCCCGCAUCCGCAUCUAGUGCCACCGACCCCAACUCCGACGCAAUCCCCGUUUCCGGCAAAGUUCUGAACUCCUACAUCCCCUCAAUCCAUCUCGCCCACAGCAACAAUGCCUCGCCCUCAUCCAUCCCCUCUCUCAUUUCCUCCCCCGCACUCAAGAAAGCGCUCGACACCACGCGGAGCGCCGGCGACGCCGCCGCGCUCGAUAAGCUCCACAAGCACCUACGCGACGAUGACAAUCGCGCGUGGUACGGCGCGGUGCCGAUUUUCAAGGCAUUUGCGCAGGGCGUCAUCGCGCAUGGCAGCGUGCUGCUGGUGAGCGACCGGCUAUUUCGCGCGUCCGAGGUCGCGGAGCGGAAACGAUGGGUGGUGCUGGUGGAAGGUUGUAGGGAGCAGGGAGCGGAAUGCAGAGUUGUAAGCAGCGCGCAUGAGGUGGGACGGAGGUUGGAGGCAUUGGGUGGUGUUGCUGCUAUUCUAGCAUGGGGCGUUGAUGGGUUGGAUCAGGAGGAGGAGGAUAUGGAAUAG